UUUGAACACACAAAACAUGAAGGCGUUUAUCGUUCUCCUGCUACUCGGAGCUGCAGCCGCGGCCCCCAUCGAGGAUGAAAAGAUUAUCGGGGGGUACGAGUGCCGCCCCCACUCCCAGCCCUGGCAGGUCUCCCUCAACAUCGGGUACCAUUUCUGCGGGGGCUCCCUCAUCAACGACCAGUGGGUCAUCUCUGCUGCCCACUGCUGGCAGAACCCCUAUUCCCAGUUCGCUGUCCUGGGGGAUCAUCACAUCUGGCAGCACGAGGGCACGGAGCAGUUCACGACUGUGGACGCCAUCUACUGGCACCCCAGAUACAACUACCAGACCCUGGACCACGACAUCAUGCUGAUGAAGCUCUCUCACCCCGUCACCAUCACAGAGUCCGUGCGGCCCGUCUCCCUGCCCCGGGCCUGCCCCAGCGCGGGGGAGAUGUGCGUGGUGUCCGGCUGGGGCAACAUCAUCACCGACGGGGUGUUUAACCCCUUUAACCUGCAGUGUGUGGAUCUCCCGAUUCUGAGAGAUGAAGCCUGUGAGAACUCGUACCCGGGGCAGAUCACCAGCACCAUGGUGUGUGCAGGGUACCUGGAGGGGGGCAAGGACUCCUGCCAGGGAGACUCUGGGGGUCCGCUGGUGUGCAAUGGGGUGCUCCAGGGGAUCGUGUCAUGGGGGUACGGCUGUGCGGAGGUGAACCGUCCCGGGGUCUACACCAAGGUGUGCUCCCUGCUGCCCUGGAUUGAUGACAUCCUGGGCUCGUACUCCCGACACGGUGCAGUAGGUCCCGGUGGCGGGGCAGUUGACGGGCAGCGGGACGGGUCGCACGUACGGGGUGAAGAGGACGGGCUCGGCCAGCCUCAGCAGCAUGACGUCAUGGCUCCGGGUCCGGAGGUCGUAGAGCGGGUGCCAGAGCGCGGUGCUGACGCGGCGCGGCUGCUCCGUGCCUUCGUGUUCCGACAGGUCGAACUCGCCCAGCACCACCAGGAUUCGACUCGGGCUGCGCGAUGCAGGCAGGCAGGCAGGCUGUCCGGCUCGGGGUUCGGGGGCUCAGUUGCUGGCGACGGUGCUCUGGAUCCAGUCACUGAAGUUGCACACCUUGGUGUAGACACCGGGGUGGUUCCUCUCAGCGCAGCCGUACCCCCAGGACACGACACCCUGCAGCACGCCGCUACACACGACGGGGCCUCCGGAGUCACCCUGGAGAGAGAGGAGGGGCGCAGAGUACUGAGGGGGGCUCAGGCAACGAUGAGGUCUCUGGUCUUUCUUCUCCUGUUGGGCGCUGCAGCGGCUAUCGACGAUGACAAGAUCGUCGGCGGGUACGAGUGCCAGCCUCACUCCCAGCCCUGGCAGGUGUCUCUGAACGCCGGCUAUCACUUCUGCGGCGGGUCCCUCAUCAACGACGAGUGGGUGGUGUCUGCCGCUCACUGCUACAAGUCACGCAUCGAGGUGCGCCUGGGCGAGCACCACAUCAAGGUUAGCGAGGGCACCGAGGAGUUCAUCAGCUCCGCUAAAGUGAUCCGGCACCCGCGCUACAACGCCUACAACAUCGACAAUGACAUCAUGCUCAUCAAGCUCUCCCGCCCCGCCCUGCUCAGCGAGAACGUGCAGCCCGUUGCCUUGCCAACCAGCUGCCCCCCCGCCGGCACCAUGUGUAGAGUGAGCGGAUGGGGCAACACCAUGAACGCCAAUGAUAACCGUGACCUCCUGCAGUGUCUGGAGAUCCCGAUCCUGUCCGAGCAGGACUGUGAGAACUCCUACCCCGGCAUGAUCACUCCCAACAUGUUCUGCGCGGGAUACCUGGAGGGGGGCAAGGACUCCUGCCAGGGUGACUCCGGAGGCCCCGUCGUGUGUAACGGCGUGCUGCAGGGCGUCGUGUCCUGGGGGUACGGCUGCGCUGAGAGGAACCACCCCGGUGUCUACACCAAGGUGUGCAACUUCAGUGACUGGAUCCAGAGCACCGUCGCCAGCAACUGAGCCCUCGAACCCCAAGCCGGACAGCCUGCCUGCCUGCCUGCCUGAGCCGGACAGACUGCCUGCCUGCCUCAGCGCUACCGCACCCGACUGACUUCAGCAGCCGUCAGACUCAUUCUGUACCCCAUCAUGCAUCACUGCAAUACCAUCGCAGCAAUACACAUUGCAGAUACAUCUGUCUGGGUUAGAGAUUGCGUUUUGCAGCUGUCAAAUUCAUGCUGCGCAACAAAUAAAAGAUUUUGAAUGAAA